AGUGAACACAUUUUCUGGAAGCUUCUGAAUGGGAGCUUCGAGAAACCACCCCUUAAGUAUAAAAAGACACCGGCCUGUCGUGGGGGCUGCAUAGAUUCACUUGGACACACCAAGGGAGAUUUAACUGCCCAGGAGAGGAGCAGCGAAGCACACUUGGAGCUCUUCAAUAAUUUGAAGACAAUCUCAGCGAUACAUUUGACAAAGUUUCAUCAAUAAGCGGCUGUAGGAAUACAUUUUAUUCAAGAUGCCUGCUGCUGGAAACGUCGUGGAGGAGGAUGUGGAGACCUUUGCUUUCCAGGCUGAGAUUGCUCAGCUUAUGUCUCUUAUCAUCAACACCUUCUACUCAAACAAAGAGAUCUUCCUUAGAGAGCUCAUCUCCAAUUCCUCAGAUGCCCUGGACAAAAUCAGAUAUGAAAGCUUGACAGACCCCACCAAACUUGAGUCUUGCAAAGAACUGAAAAUCGAAGUGAGACCCGACCUGCACGCUCGCACGCUUACCCUGAUUGACACUGGUAUCGGCAUGACCAAGGCUGACCUGAUCAACAACCUGGGCACAAUCGCCAAGUCUGGUACCAAGGCUUUCAUGGAAGCUCUGCAAGCUGGAGCCGACAUCUCCAUGAUCGGUCAGUUUGGUGUGGGUUUCUACUCUGCAUACCUUGUGGCUGAGAGGGUGACAGUCAUUACCAAGCACAACGAUGACGAGCAGUACAUCUGGGAGUCUGCAGCUGGAGGCUCAUUCACAGUUAAAGUGGACACUGGAGAGUCCAUUGGCAGAGGCACAAGAGUGAUCCUUUACCUCAAAGAAGAUCAGACAGAAUACUGUGAGGAGAAGCGCGUCAAGGAAGUUGUGAAGAAGCACUCACAGUUCAUUGGCUACCCUAUUACACUUUUUGUGGAGAAGACAAGGGAGAAGGAAGUGGACCUUGAGGCGGGAGAAAAAGAAGAGGAGGUUGACAAAGAUGCCGCUGAGGAUAAGGACAAACCUAAGAUUGAGGAUGUAGGCUCCGAUGAGGAUGAGGACACAAAGGAGAGCAAGAACAAGAGGAAGAAGAAGGUCAAGGAGAAGUACAUUGAUGUCCAGGAGCUGAACAAGACCAAGCCAAUCUGGACCCGUAACCCUGAUGACAUCACCAAUGAUGAGUAUGGAGAGUUCUACAAGAGUCUCACCAACGACUGGGAGGAUCACCUCGCUGUCAAGCAUUUCUCGGUGGAGGGUCAGCUCGAGUUCCGUGCCUUGCUCUUCAUCCCCAGAAGAGCUUCAUUCGACCUCUUUGAGAACAAGAAGAAGAAGAACAACAUCAAGCUGUACGUGCGCAGGGUCUUCAUCAUGGACAACUGUGAUGAGCUCAUCCCAGAGUACCUCAAUUUCAUCAAGGGUGUGGUGGACUCUGAGGAUCUGCCCCUGAACAUUUCCAGAGAGAUGCUGCAGCAGAGCAAGAUCCUGAAGGUCAUCCGUAAAAACCUGGUCAAGAAAUGCAUGGAUCUCUUCACUGAACUCUCCGAGGACAAGGACAACUACAAAAAGUACUACGAGCAGUUCUCCAAGAACAUCAAGGUAGGAAUUCAUGAAGACUCUCAGAACAGGAAGAAGCUGUCUGACCUGCUGCGCUACUACACCUCAGCCUCUGGAGAGGAGAUGGUUUCCCUUAAAGACUAUGUGUCCCGCAUGAAGGAGAACCAGAAACACAUCUACUACAUCACUGGUGAGACCAAAGACCAGGUGGCUAACUCUGCCUUUGUGGAGCGCCUCCGCAAAGCCGGCCUUGAGGUUAUUUACAUGAUUGAGCCCAUCGAUGAGUACUGUGUCCAGCAACUGAAGGAGUAUGAUGGCAAGAACCUGAUUUCAGUCACCAAGGAAGGCCUGGAGCUGCCAGAGGAUGAGGCAGACCUGAAGAAGCAGGAGGAGCUGAAAAACAAAUUUGAAAACAUUUGCAAGAUCAUGAAGGACAUUCUCGACAAGAAGAUUGAAAAGGUCACAGUGUCAAACCGCCUGGUGUCUUCCCCCUGCUGCAUUGUCACAAGCACCUACGGCUGGACAGCCAACAUGGAGAGGAUCAUGAAGUCUCAGGCCCUGAGAGAUAACUCCACCAUGGGCUACAUGACAGCUAAGAAGCAUCUUGAGAUCAACCCUUUGCAUCCAAUCGUUGAAACCCUGAGGGAGAAGGCAGAAGCCGACAAGAACGAUAAGGCCGUGAAGGAUCUGGUCAUCCUCCUUUACGAGACCUCCCUGCUGUCUUCAGGAUUCACAUUGGAGGACCCACAGACACAUGCCAACCGCAUCUACAGAAUGAUCAAGCUGGGUCUCGGCAUUGAUGAUGAUGAUUCUGCAGUUGAAGACAUCAUUCAGCCUGCUGAUGAAGAUAUGCCAGUCUUGGAAGGAGAUGAUGACACAUCAAGAAUGGAGGAAGUUGACUAAAAACGCUUAAGAGAAUCGUUCCUGUUUUCUGAAUUAUUAUUUUUGUACUAUUGCCUCAAAUAGACAUGUCAAUCUAACACAAAUCUCAUUUCUUGAACAGUAUUAACUAGUCCCUUCAAGUUAAUUAAUGGAAUGAAUGAAGGCCACAGUGUGGCUUUGUCUACAUUGUAUCAGCUGCUUCUAUAACUACUGACGCCCAUUAAGAGUAAUAUAAAGUCAUUGUACAUUUGACUUAUGUCUCUUUUUGUAACAUUUUUUAUGAAAUGCAUUCAAAUUUGUAAUAAAAAUAUUAAAAAAUAAGAA